CGACGACGACGACGACGACGACGACGACGUCGACGACGUCGAAGUACGGGCGUAUCGUGGUGUGUCAUCGAAGCCAUUCAUCGCACGCUCUCGAAAUCACCGCGAAUCACCGGACGCGAGCCGUCGCGGGAUCGCGACUCGCGACAGGCCUUCUCCUUCCCUGGCUCCUUGUGUGUGUGUCUGGUAUCGUUCACGCUCGCUCGCGUUCGCCGCAUUCACGAGAAUCGCGAGAUCGCCUCGUUACGGUUCCGUGCACCUCGACGCCGUUUGAAAUACCACCUUGUCUGGAGGGCGGUAGUGAGACGGAGAGAGAAAGGAAGCGAAAGAGAGACAGUGACAGAGGGAGAAAGAAGCGCCCUGGCCGUUCGCGAAGGAUCGUCCUAUACGACGUUCCCUACUGUCACUUUCGUGCCGAGACCGAUACGGAUCGCACGAAGGCGCGGGUGUCCCGACCGAUGCCCCGUCGACUUAGGAUUUAGCCCGGUAGCAGUGCGAUCGUGCUGUGCGUUCGUUGUUAGUGCAUCAUGUGAUUACUUCCACAUCUCUGUAAUCUCUUCGCCACGGUGACGGAUACUAGCCAGCGUGAAGGAUGCAGGAACUGGCAUUCCCGCGCCGAAAAGGGAUCCUUGCCCCGCUAUCGGUGUUAGUGCUGCUGAUACUACCAUUGGUCGAUUUACCCUCUGCAAACGGAUCUUGCGAGUUUCCAUCGAGUUGGUCAGGAGAAUGGUUUCAGUAUGGCAAGCCUCAAUCAGUCAUUAUAAAUACGACCGUUCUCGGGGAACGAACAUGCCUCGAAAAAACGGAUGACAAAUAUAUCGUUUUCGGUGACAAUUGUUAUCACUGUAUGAUCAUCAAUGGACGCCAUGAGAACGUUAUUCAAUAUCGCGAAACAGGCUGGUGCAACUCGGAGCGAUUGCGUUUGGAAAACAUGUGCUCGGAAAUUACUUCGGAUGAUACGCUCUAUUCGAUGUUCCGUGUGAACUCGAAACCAAUAGCUUGCCCAUUCAGCGGAGCGUCGUUCACAUUCACGUAUAAUCGGGGUUACGGCGAAUGUGCUAUGCCUAUAAGUCUCGUGGAGAAAUGUACUGAUGAGAGCAAACUCCUUCUCAAGUAUCAGGCCUGUCCAGACGUCGUGGGAACCGAGAGCAACACCGAGGAAUUACAAUGUCUUGCCAGUUGGAACGAUGGUCGAAAUAAAUAUCUCGUGGGAACUUUGAAAGAAAGGAGCGCACUGAAUGACGCAAAAACUUACAGGUGUUUCCUGUAUGAAGAAAAGUCUCAUCAUCAGGGAAAGAUGAUUUAUUUACUUGCACAAUCCGGCGACCCUACUUGCAACGGUCUAACCACAGUUUCCGAAGGUUCACCCACCAUAAAACUUAUUAAAGUUGAUAAAGAGCACAGUAGAUGCAAAUAUCCUGCUUGGGUAACUCAACACCAUGACUGGCAUUCUCUCAAUGGUACGAAAAGCUAUCAUUUUACAAACAAGAACGCGACGCUGAGAGUAAAAAUGCAAGCACAAAAUACUGAUGGCGAAAUCGUCCAUGAGGAAAAAAUCGUUUGUCACAAUUUAGAGAAGCUAUAUCCGAAUGACAAUAUGCAAGGAAAUAAAGUGAAACUGGUUGCUCAUGUCACCAGCGGCUGCGAUAUUGGUUACGUUUGUAUGAUAUUUCACAAAAGAGACAGCCAUAUCAUUGAGAUACAGCAGUCAGAUCAAAAAGCAAUUAUGCCAGAGGAAGCGUGCUCAAUGUCUGAUCCCUCCACGAGGCCGUAUACGACCUUAAUAACCACAUUCUUGCAUCAGAGAAGAUGUCCUAAUUCAGGACAGUAUGAGAUUUUGAAUUUUGCUUCAUUGGAUGCAUUGUCAGCUGCCGCACCGAGUCGGCAGCGGCGUAGCGAGCUGUCGAGAACGACCAAGAGGCGAACUUGGCAGGAAAAUGAAAACGAGGAAUGCAGAAGUACGGAUAUUCAAAUUGGCUGCACCCCGUCCGAUCAAGCCGAAAUAAUAAUCGGCAACACGUGCGAACAUGAAAAGAUUGCCUAUUCUUGUCACGGCAGCUGGGAAGAGAAAGGAAUGUGGUAUACGAUAGCGUCGCAACGGAAUUCUGAAAUUUCAGGCAGUACAGGACAAACGUUUUGUUUUUCUAUGCUUCUCAAAAACGCCAAAGACAAAGGCAGCAGACAGAAGCAAGAAAAAGAAUUAUGGCUUUCGAGGCCAUCGCGUACUUGUCAAAGAGAAGUCAAGGAUGAAUGGACGUAUAGACUGUCCAAUCAAGGAAUGUGCGAGGUCUUAAUGAAAACUCCAAACGCAGCGUCUGCUUCGUCGUUAUCUCAGCUUCUGUUUAUUUUACAUAUAGUAACUUACACCGCUAUUAAUACGCUAUGCGUAUUACUUUCGAGAUGAUCUGCAGCUAUUAUGUAAGACUGUCUAAGUACUGUAAUUUCCAGCACGAAUUCUCAGGUAUUGCGUGUUUCUGGAAGUGUAUAUAGCUCAAAAAGUUUGUAAGCUAUUGACCGAUCGAUGAGCUGUCGUAAACAGUGGGAAAUAUGCAGCUAAAUAGUUAUUA